AUGGCGCCGGAAUUUCGCGGAGGGGGGCGCAGGGAUGCGGCGCGGGGCCGCGGGGGCAGGGAGGCGUCCGUGCGCGCGGCGUCGCCGGGACGCGGCAAGGCAGAGGGCGGGCGAUCGGCGGGCGGCGCGGGGCCGUCCGGGCGGGACGGGGGAUGCGGCGGGGAGGUGGACGGCGCGCAGUACAAGACGGACCAGUUCCGCAUGUUCUGCCUCAAGGUCCUGCAAUGCAGCAAGAGGUACUGCCACGACUGGACGACCUGCCCGUUCGCGCAUCCGGGCGAGAAGGCGCGCCGGCGCGACCCGCGCAAGUGCCGCUACACCGGCAUCGCCUGCCCCGAGAUGAAGCAGGGAGUGGGCUGCCCGCGCAGGGAGCGCUGCCCCUUCGCCCACAACGUCUUCGAGUACUGGCUGCAUCCCAGCAGGUACCGCACCCAACUCUGCAACAUUGCCGCCUCCUGCAACCGCAAGAUCUGCUUCUUCGCCCACACUAUUGAGGAGCUGCGUGUGCCAGCGCCCGUGGGCGGCGUGGACGCCACACAGCUGCUGGCAGGGGCCAGGGGGCAGCCCCAGCCGACCGGCGCCACGCCCGCAUUCCAGCGCGGCGCGGACAAGGCGGCGGGCCCGACGCCCAGGCGCACGGCUGCUGUAGAGCCGGUGCGACGAGUGGCCGCUCCGGCACCGCGUCAGAGUGUGCCAAGUCCAGCACCUCCGUCUUCGCUGUACAGCAGCGACCAGGUGGCUGGUCAUCGUCCCGCCUUCAGCCAGCCGGCUGCACCCAAUGGUGCGGCCACCUAUUCUGAGUCCCAGGCACGGCAGCUGCUGGAAUUGCUGCGCAGCACAAGGCAGCAGGCGUUGCAGGUGCACCCCAGUGUGCCCUUUGCUGACGUGCAGCAGGUGCAGACCCUGCUGUCCAUCCUGCAGCAGCAGCAGCAACAGCUGGCCCAGGAGGCGGCAAGGAAGGCUGCAGACUCAGAUGCAGGAAUGACUCGGGCACUACAGAGCUGCCUGAGUGCUCUGUACUAUCAGGUGACCGUGCAGCCGAUGUUGGAGACCGAGCGUGAGCGACUGGUCAAGAUGCUUUCAUGGAUCUUCAUGAUGGUCCAGUCCCAUUCCCUGCAGGCCUUCGGCGGCGACAUGCAGGGCCCCUGGGACGACCCGGCCACGCAAAGCAUGGUCCUGGGCGCAGACAUCAGCAUCGAUCAGCCCCCGGUCGGCCCUCCGGCGCCAUCCUCCGAGCGAGGGACAUCCUCAUUCAGCGACCGCGGCAGCCUGAACAGCAUACCUGAGAUGCAAACGGCAGGAAUGGAUAUCUUGGGGAUACAUCGAGGCCACGGGCCAUCCCAGUGGGGGACAUCUCCACAGUUGGUUGGUGCCCAGUAUGAGGGGGCGGUUGUGGGCCGGCCAGGGAGGGCGGACCUUGGCGAGGUGCACCGCCGGCGGUCGCCGGCGGAGGGGUACGGGCACCCGGCGAUGGUGGCAGAGGCAGUGGCAACGCGGCUGUCCUCAGACAGCGGGUGGAGUGCGAGGGCCAGUGGGUCCGUAGAGAUGGGGUGGGGCGCGAGGACGGAGACUCCCCGCUUCAGCGCGCACUCCUCGGGUGAGAGCGCCGUCACGGAGCUGUGGGGGAUGCUGUCAAGGCAGUCGGGCGACAGCACCAACCGCAGCAGCAGUGUGAGCAUGUCGGACGCUGCAGAUGCAUGGGUGCGUGACUAUGGCGUUCUGCACCGGUGA